UACAGUUCACAACUGGAUUUCUUCUGGGGAUGUCAAUUUUUUGCCAAGUUUCAUAAAAGUUAGCAAUCAUAAUGCAAGCUGCAGGGGGCUUAAAGAAAAGAAAGAGGCGGAAUCUAGCAAAGGUGUCGGCGGAUGGUGUUGUUCUCUACGAUCGAGAUGCCGACAUCUUCGACCCCUACGUACUCCACCCACAGUACAAAAAUCAUCAAGACUUUCCCAACGCAUUUGGAAACUCUGGUGGAGAUGUGACCAUCCGUGUCACGUCGCCCCAUGCCCCACCACGCUCUGAACGGGACGGAGCAUGGAGUGGAACGUCCUCCGCUUAUCGGGAAGAAUUGGAGGAAUUUCGAUACGGGAGGAACGCAAGGGUAACUCGAGAUCCAAAGUUUACAUCAACCCACGCCGCAGUUGAUAUCGAAGACGACCCCGAAUAUCGACCCGUGUCAAGUGUCAUGACUGGAGAGCUGCCUCCGCACAAUAGACCAGUCUUGUUGAGUGAUAAUCACAUAACACGACUACGCAACAUUAUGCUUCUCGGCAUGACCAGUUUGGCCUUCCCGUGGAAAUUUAACAGGAAAACGCACCAGAUUGACAAGUGGAGCCCGUGUAUGGAAAGGAUUUGGAAAGUGGUUUGGACCCUGACCACGAUUCAGUCAACGUGCAUCACAGGAUUUCAGUUUUACUCUUUCUUCUCCAGAAUGGGGACGGAUGAGGAUGGGAGUUGGCGACCAGUGUUCCAAAGCUCAUUUUCCGUCCUAUGGUACUGUUACUCGGUGGCGUUGAAUAUUUGCAUGUACAAGUAUCGGGAUGCCAUCCGACACUAUGUGAACUCAUUGUUCGCCAUGAAUGCAAAAUUAGUUGAUGAGUACCUGAUAAACGCGGACGAUCACAAAGAGGGUGGUCAAAUUCUUCUCAAUGUCUCAAUUCCAACCAACAUUACGCAAACUUUCAUCUCGGUCAGCUUAUUUCUGACAUUCCCAAAUUCCCCGUGGUAUUUGUACAGCUAUAUUUACGAUCCGACCCAUGGAUGGUGGUGGCUCAUUCCGGGGGCAUUACAGGAAUUUGUCGUUAUUGGUCAAAUUUUGUCGCAGUAUCUCUUAAUCGCAUGGAUAGUUGUUGCUCAUGCGAACAGUGUCGAGUUCUGGUUACAAGAAGCACACAAAUUGAACGAUUCUGACAUGACCCGACCAGAACUUCGUGACCCUCACAACGCCGUAAGAGUGUACCGAACCCUCCAAAUGCUGACCACCGUGUUUAACGAUGCCAUGGCUCCGAUGGCCGUCUCUGUAAAUAAAAUGAUCAACUGGACAGCCCUCAUCCCAUGCGGAUUUGUUCUAAUUCGAUCCAUGAACCAAAAAGUUGUGGAGGAAUUUCCCGGCAUUCUGACAUAUCCUUUUGGUGUCAUUGAUUGUGUGACAUGCUCCUACGGCGUUUUACAAAUGUCCGCGAGAAUGUAUGACAUUUCGGCAAGUCUGCUAACAUCCUGGAGCCAAACGAGGCAUAAGGCUCUGAGAAAAAUUCUAAUCUCAUGUCCCGUCCUCAAGGUUAAGAUUGGACGUCUCUACAUCGUAACGACCUCGACAACUAUUACGUAUUUUAAGUCAGCCCUGGACUACAUUAUUAAUGCCAUCGUUUCGUUUCCGUAAUGGAUUUGAGGAAGUGUAAGCUCUGCACAUUUAAUAGAAGUUAAUGGAUCGCUUUCACCAUAGAAAGGUGUGUAGGCGGAACAUGCGCCUUACUCAAUGUUUAUCGUUUGGAAUCCUUAUCGUUUGGAAUGGUUAAAUGGAGACGAUUUUGUUUGUGCGGCUAUUUCCGUCUUUUAGACUACAUAAUUUACUCUUCCUUUCAAUUUGAUUUGACAUUUUGACGGGCUUGGGAAAAGCGUAAUGCGAUUUUGUAUUAAUGUACUUGAGCGCAGUAGGAUUCCUUUCUCAGCCCUUGUGAGAAAAACAAAAACAGUUCAAUUAUGUAUGCAUUUAUUGUUUCAAAAACAAAUUACUUUGAUUAGAAUAACAUGCCAGUUAUUGUUAAUUUAAAUGAAGGGACAAAUGCUCGCAUAAAUUCUCAUCCCAUUACUAAUUAAUUCACUAAAUAUUUAUUGAAUAUUUUUUUCAUAUGCGACAGUAGAAAUUAUCUAAGGUCAAAAGUGAAUCUAGUAAAACCUUUUAAACAAAGAGAUCUUGUGUUUAUCCAAAUUGCUCGUAGAAAAAGCGUUCUGAAUACAUAUGUAUGUACAUACAUUUAUGUAUUUAAUGCGAAAUUUGUUCUGAUCACUGUAGUACAUCAUGAUAUAUAUAUUUCAGUGUUUUAAAUUUUACGAUAAAUUAAAUCUCAACUUAUCUACUUCAGGCUGCAAAUGUUCCCCAAUAACCAACACGACUAAUGCUAUGCUUCAUUAUUUCUUCAUUCGUUCUUCAUUGUUCUACUUUCUUAAAUCUAGAUGUACACAUAGUAUGCAUAGUAUAUUAAUUAUAGAUGUAUUUAUUUAUCUUGCAUUUAUUUUUGUGAAAGUAGUCAUGCCUAUUCAUAAUUUGCAAAAAAAUAUACUGAUGAUGAGUGCCACAGAUAUUCAAAUGCAAUAAAUCUUGUCCUCUUGACAUACAGACACUCUUAAGAAUUACGUUUAUCAUUAAGAAAACUCAGACGAACAUCUUCCUAUUUUUCUUGUCAUGCAUUAUGAUCUUGAGAGCCACAAUAAAAAUAGAUUAUUUCAA